UCGCAAUAUCUUCGCAAGAGGUCUGCCCCAUGAGAUAUGGAAGUCUCACAUUGAAAGGGUAGAAUUCAAGAUUUUCAAUUAGUAAGACAAUUCUACUUAAGGAUCAAGCUAGAUGGAGCCAAGAGGUCCAAAGCCAUACGUUGUUCAGACAAUAUGUUAGGGAAUUUUUAUCAGUGCGGCUUAGCCUCCAAGUGAACAUCCACUUUAGAAAUUAAAAGUCAUUUACACCAUAGACAACCAUAAGAUUUUUUGUAACAGAAUCAAAGAUCAAUUAUUUCUGACCACCUCGUCUAUACAAAACAUCCAUUUCCCACAAUUUUCCAUUCAAGCAUAUCAUUUCUCAGGCUUUUCAACGUUAGAAUGAUUUAUUUAGAACAAAAUGUAAAUAAGUAUCCUCUCCAAUUCUAAUCCCUCUAUUUCUUUCCUAUCCCCGUCUCCUUUCUAAUAUCCAAAUGAAGAAAAAUCGCAACUUUUUAUUAGCUUCCCCUUCCAUUUCCUCUAUUUCCUUUCAUUCAAAUACAACUACAUAAAUACUUCCACAACCCCACAAAGUCACUACUCACUACAACUACCUUUGUUGCCACAGUCCACAGAGGAAUUGAAGGAGUUUCUUAUAAAUUAAGAGAAAAUAGAUCACACUUAUGGACUUAGGUAGAAGAUACGCAAUAAAAUAAGGUAAUAUACUCCAUAUCAAUAUGAAUGCUCUUGUAAUUAAUCUAAUUAUAAUACAAUUGCAGACAUUUUUUACGCGUAUAAGAUUCUAGAAUUGGUCGUACCGUAAAUAGUCUCUUCAAAAUCAGUAUUCUAAAAAAAAGAACCUUCUUCCUAAUUAAGAUGGUUCCUCUCACUUUCUUUCAAGUAUACCAAAAAUACACGCCAAAUUCAACAUAAAACUCAAAAAUCCAAACACCAUUUCUCACAUUGACUUCAUCCUUUCGAGUUGAAUAAUCUGUACCCCAAUUUUGACAAUUUUCUCUCUUUUAUUUCCCCCUUUUUUAAAUAUCAUUCAUCAAUUUCGCAAACAAUUAGAAACUCACCAAAAACCAAUAACCCAUUUCAAUUUCCACGCAAAAAAUAUGAACGACUUACUAUCAAGAUCAUUCUCUCAACACAGGGAAAACAACGCAGGCGACAUAGAAAUGGGUUUAUCACCAGAUUCCGAAGCAAACCUCGAGAGAUUUUUCCAAGAUGUGGCGAAAAUCAACGAUGAACUUAAGGAUAUAGAGGAGCUUCAUCGAAAACUGAAGGCGGGUCAUGAGGAAAGUAAGACCGCCCACAACGCUGGUGUAGUGAAGGCGCUCCGAUCAAGGAUGGACACAGAUGUGAACCAGACAUUGAAGAAAGCUAAGCUUAUAAAAGAUCGGCUGCAGGUUUUAGACCGGUCUAAUGCUGCGAGUCGGAAACUGCCUGAUUGUGGCCCAGGUAGCUCGACGGACCGGACUAGGACAUCGGUGGUUGCGGGGUUAGGAAAGAAGCUUAAGGAUAAAAUGGAGGAGUUCCAAGAGUUGAGGGGGAAGAUUAAUGAGGAAUAUAGAGAGACGGUUGAGAGGAGGUAUUAUACUGUUACAGGGGAAAAUCCUGAUGAGAAAACUGUUGAUUUGUUGAUUAGUACUGGUGAAAGUGAGACCUUCUUGCAGAAGGCUAUUCAACAACAGGGAAGAGGACAGAUACUAGAUACAAUUGCAGAGAUUCAAGAGAGACAUGAUGCUGUUAAAGACAUCGAAAGAAACUUGAAGGAACUUCAUCAAAUAUUUAUGGACAUUGCUGUGUUAAUUCAGCAUCAAGGAGAGCAGUUAGAUGACAUUGAAGCCAACGUUGAUCGAGCAAACUCCUUUGUUCAGAGAGGAACAACUCAACUGCAACAAGCCAGAAAGCACCAAAAGAAUACUCGGAAAUGGACUUGCUUCGCCAUUAUUCUGCUACUCAUUAUCAUACUUAUCGUUGUCCUUUCUAUACGCCCAUGGAAAUAGGUUCUACACACAUUGUAAGCCUCUAGAUGUAGAGAUUGAAGCUACUAUUAUAUAACAUACAGCUAUCAGCUAUCAACCAUCUCCCUACACUCAGUCAUUUUUUUGUGUUUGAUAAUCCUAUCUAUUUUUUUCUACCUUAUUAUUCUAUGUAUAUAGGAUUUGAGUAUUGUGCAGAGCAUCAGGAUUGAAUUUUAUUUGAAUUAUGUGGACUACCGUAGAAAGUGAUUAAUGGUUCAUGUAAGAUAUAGCCGACCCAACUUUUUGUGAUCAAGUCUUGGGGAAUGUUUUUGACUUUUACAAUAAAAUUAUAUUUGAAUGCUUCAAGCUUAUUUCGAAA